CACCAGUUAACACGCGGAAGUUCUGUGUUAGUUGACGAUGACGUUUGCCUGAGACAAAAAAUGUGCCUUGCUUCAGCUAACGGGAUGAAUUAACUAGUGUGCUACCGAAGAGAUUCGUUGAAAACUGCAGCAAACACGUAAGGGAAAUAAUUGAGUGACAGAGGCAGGAUGUUGGAGUCCUAUGUCACGCCCCUGUUGAUGACCUACGUGAACAAAUACAUCAAGAACCUGAAGCCCUCUGACCUGCAGCUGUCGCUAUGGGGAGGAGACGUAGUACUGAGCAAGCUGGAACUGAAGCUGGAUGUCCUGGAGCAGGAGCUGAAACUGCCCUUUACCUUCCUGAGCGGUCACAUACAUGAGUUGCGUAUCCACGUACCCUGGACCAAACUGGGCUCCGAGGCCGUGGUCAUCACCAUUAACACAAUGGAGUGCAUCCUCAAACUGAAGGACGGAGCGCAGGACGACCAUGAGAGUGUUUCUAGCUCCACCAGUCGCAGCGCCUCAGAGAGCUCCAAGACCCUUCCCAAGCCCCGUCGCCUCCAGCAGGCCGCCCCCUCCGACCCAGACCUGCCCCCAGGCUACGUCCAGAGUCUGAUCCGUCGGGUGGUGAACAACGUCAACAUUGUGGUCAACAACCUGAUCUUGAAGUACGUUGAGGACGACAUCGUCCUGUCUGUCAACAUCACCUCUGCUGAGAGUUACACCGUCCAUGAGUUCUGGGACCGAGCCUUCAUGGACAUCACAGCUCCUGACCUGGUGCUUCGUAAAGUGAUCAACUUCAGUGACUGUACGGUGUGUCUGGAUAAGAGGAACGGCAGUGGGAAGAUCCAGUUCUACCAGGAUCCUCUCCUCUACAAGUGUUCCUUCAGGACCCGACUCCACUUCACCUACCACAACAUCAACUCUAAGAUCCCUGCUGUCAUCAAGAUCCAGACGAUGGUGGAGUCCCUGAAGCUGUCCAUCACAGACCAGCAGCUGCCCAUGUUCAUCAGGAUCAUGGAGCUGGUCCUCAGCCUCUACUACGGAGAGAUAGGAGGAGGGAAGGAGGGAGAGGCGGAGGAGGGGAGCGGACAUGGAGAGGUCAUCACUACGCCAGGUCUGGAAGGAGACCCAGAGGCCCAGGUCAUGGCAGGACAGUCCCCCAGCCCAGAGCUUUACAUGCAGGGGGAGGAGGGGGACCAGGGCUGGGUGUCCUGGGCCUGGUCCUUCGUCCCAGCCAUCGUGGGAGCUGAGGAUGAGGAGGGAGAGGAAGGCUUCUACCAGCAGGGGGAGGAGGGAGGCCGGUCCAGCCCACAGCAGAACCCACCUAAAGACCCUGUUGUCUCCAUAGGCUUCUACUGCACCAAGGCCUCUGUCACAUUCAAGUUGACAGAGAUGCAGACGGAGAGCAGUUACUACAGUCCUCAGAAGAUGAAGAGCAGGGAGGGGCUCUGUCUGGAGCAGGAGGGCAUCACCAUGGAGGUGCUGAUGAUGGGGGAACCCUUCUUCGACUGUCAGAUCGGCAUCGUGGGCGUCCGGGCGCUCUGCCUGAAAGGCAUCAUGGGAGUGCGGGACUUUGAGGAGAACUUGAACAGACGGGAGGAGGAUGCAGUGUUCUUCAGCUGUGGAGAGAGUCUGAGCAGUAAAGGCAUGACCUACCUGACCAACUCCCUGUUCGACUACCGCUCUCCAGAGAACAACGGGGUCAGAGCAGAGUUCAUCCUGGAUGCCACCAACCACAAGGAGACCUACACAGAGAUAUCAGGCAUGCAGCGCUUUGGGGCCUUCUACAUGGAUUACCUCUACACAGUGGAGACCAGCAGCACCAAGGUGUGUGUAGGGCAGCAGGACUUCACCAUGGCAACAGGGCCUAAAGAAGAACCGGUCCCCCCUGUCCAAGAGACGUCUGUCAAGAGGCUGGUGGUCGGACCUCUGGACUUACGGCUCAACAGCAGCGCCGUGCACCGCCUUCUCAAGAUGCUGGCCUGCGCCAUGGACCACGAGUACCAACCCUACUACAAACCACAACCAGACCCAGUGGAGGUGCCCCGGGCUCCAGCCUCCCAGGAGGAGGUAUCAGUGCUGGAGGAGUUUAUCCCUACCAGGCUGACCUGCCUCACCCUGCAGAAGGUCACUGUCACCCUCAACAUGGCCGAGUUCAACCUCCUACACACACUGAUUCCUGUCAUCAUGGGACAGAAGGCCCCACCAGGUCCGGUCAGUGUGCCAGUCUUCCAGGCGAUGCGACCCCUGCCGGCCCUCAGGUUCCAGGUGGACAGCGUUAAUGUGGAGCACUCUGUUCCCAUGUUCGCCCCUGAGCUCAUCAACACCGUCUCCUCUCUCAGCCAGCCCUCUGAUAACCUGCUGCACCACUGUUACACACACUGCUACCUCAAGGUGUUUGGAGUCCAGGCUGGUUUGACCUGUCUGGACAGUACAGGCGGUUUCCUCCCUCUGUCCCCUCUCAUCCCUUCCUUCAGUACAGCCCUCUACGGCAAGCUGCUCCAGAUGCCUCAGUACUGGACAAAGCGCUCGUCAGUCCUGAUGACAGAGUGUAUUUUUGAGCUGCCCAACUUCACGGUGCAGGCCACGCGUCCCCAGAUCCUGCUGCUUCAGGCCAUGCUGCAGAGCUGGACACACAGCCUGGGAGACGGUUCCCACCCUGGGGUCAACGAGGCCCUGCUCAGCCAUGUCUACACAGCACCAGGUGUGAAGUCUCCGUCUCCUCCUCCUCCUCCGACCCUGGAGGCCUCGGUCCAGAACGUAGAGCUGAAGUUCUGCAGCAGAGCCACGGGGAACUGCGUCGGAGGGACCGUGGGAGCUGUUAAAGUGUGUGCCAGGACCCCAGGUUCACCAGAGGGUAUGAAGGAGAAGCUGGUUCCUCUGCUCCAGGGUCCAUCUGACACUAAAGAGCUUCACCAGAGUCGCUGGCUCAAUGAGAUCCGUAAACCUGAGUCCCUGCUGGCCCCUGACCUCCUGACCUUCUCAGUACAGAUACCUCAACACGGGGUCGACGGCCGUAACUCCUCUGGUGCUGUGUUCCUGGUCAGCGUCCAGGGCAUUGCUGUGAACCUGGAUCCAGUCUUCAGUACAUGGAUCCUCCACCAGCCUCAGAAGAGGAGCUGCAGGCAACAGGCUGCGGUGCCGGUUCCCGUGUCCAUGUCCAAGCGGAGGGAGGACGAGGUGUCUGUGGGGAGCAUGCCAUUCGCCAAGCAGCCAUCCAAUCAGGCCUCGGACUACGCCAGCAGUCCGGUCAAGACCAAGACUGUCACAGAGUCCCGUCCUCUGUCCAUCCCUAUGAAGGUGAUGCCUUCCUCUCCAGAGACCUGGACCACCCCAGAGGAACGUAUGAAGGAGCUAAUCUCUCACGUCUGGGACGCCGUCAAACGACUCACACUACAGUUGGAUCUCCAGUCAUGCUGUGUGUUCCUCCCCAACGACAGCCUCCCCUCUCCCAGCACCAUUAUCUGUGGAGACAUCCCCGGUACUGUCCGUAGCUGGUACCACAACCAGGCCACCAUGCCUGGGACUCUGGUAGUCUGCCUGCCCCAUAUCACUGUGCUGUCUGCUGGACACAAAUACAUGGAGCCCCUGCAAGACCUCCCCUUCAUGGUGUCCAGGCCCAUACUGGAGGAAGGUGAUGCCUUCCCGUGGACCAUAACCCUGAGCCAGUUCAGUGUGUACACCCUGUUGGGUCAGCAGCGGUCUCUGAGUCUCCUGGAGCCGAUGGGCUGUACCUCCACCCUGGCCGUCACCUCCCACAAGCUGCAGGCCGCGGGCCCCGAAGGACGCCACGCCUUCAUUGUCUGUCUGCACGUUGACCUGGAACCUCUGAACAUCAAGGUCUCUAACCCCCAGGUCCAGUUGCUGUACGAGUUGUUCCUGUCCUGGAGUUCAACGUGGGCCCGUCUGGAGAAGAGGGGCAUCCUACGUCAGACCUCCACUAUCCCAGACCCCCCCACUGGGCCGACCCCCUCCUCCCCCGUCCGCUCCAGCACCGCUCUCCCAGACACCAGCACCUGCUCCCCCUCUGCUGAUUUUGGAUCCCCCACCGAGGGUGACUCUGUUCCAGCGGGUGAUGACUCUCCGUUCUCCGACACGGUGACCCUGGAGCAGAAGACCAGCAGUAUAGGGGGCGCCAGCGGGAAGGUCAGCCUCUGGAUGCAGUGGAUGCUGACCAAGGUCACCGUCAAGCUGUUCGCUCCCGACCCCAACGCCAAAAACACAGAGAUCUGUGUGAUCAGUGAGGCUGAGGAUCUCAGUGCGUCAGUAGAUGUUCAGGAUGUCUACACCAAGAUUAAAUGUAAAGUGGGCAGCUUCAACAUGGACCAGUACCAGACCAGUCCAGAGGAGGGGUCUGGUCUUGCAGUGGGCCGCUGUGGAGGGGUUGUCCUGUCUUGUACUGAUAAGCUGAACAGACGUACGGUGUUGGUUCGACCCGUCAGCAAACAGGACUCCUUCAGCCACCUCUCUGGCUUCGUUCCGCCUACAGCAGCCAAGGUCCUGGAGGUUUCCUCCCACCAGCAGCACGGAUUCCUGUCCAUCACAUACACCCAGGCGGUCACCAGAAACGUCCGCCACAAGUUGACCACGCGGCUGGAACGAGCGGAUCCUCGCGGGGCCCAGCGGCUGACGGAGGGCCCGGCUGACGGGUCUCCCCACUACCUGAGAGAGAUCCUGCUGACCGCCCAACCUUUUGACCUUGUCCUCUCCUGUCCCCUACUGGCCACCGUAGCCGGGGUGUUCCACGCCUCGCUGCCACGACGGUACCGGGACCUCGGCAAAACGGCGGGCCAGCCGAUGAGAAGUCACGCCCUGACGUCGCGCAGCCUACCGCUGCUAUAUGUCAACACAUCGGUGAUCAGGGUGUUUUGUCCCUGGAACCCAGACGGACAGGACAGACACACAGAACCCCAGCUGAGGAGAGAGAGAGAGGACACUCUGGUGCUGAAGAUAGGAUCUGUCAGCGUGGCCCCUCAGGCAGAUAACCCUCUGACUAGAACCGUGCUGCGCAAGGACAUCUACCAGCGAGCGUUGAACCUGGGCAUCCUGCGCGACCCGGGGUCAGAGGUGGAGGACCGUCAGUACCAGCUGGAUCUGCAGUCCAUCAACAUCGGUACCGCCCAAUGGGAGCAGCUCAAACCAGAGAAGGAGGGGUCUAAGGGGGGCGUGUCCACCGAGACAGAGAGGAACUCACAGAAUCCUGCCCUGGAAUGGAACAUGGCCAGCAGUAUCAGGAGACACCAGGAGAGGAGAGCCAUCCUCACCCCCAUCCUGACGGACUUCUCUGUCAGAGUGACAGCAGCACCUGCCAUCAUAUUCAGCAAGCCCAGAUCCCCUGACAACAGACAAGUGGAGGAGGUGCUGGUGUGUGGUCACUCCCUGGAGGUGAACGUAACAUCUAGUCUGCAGUUCUUCCUCAGUGUGGCCCAGGUCCACCUGCUGCAGCUACUGUUCCGAGCCAACAUGGUGGAGAGACCUGCCCCAGAGACAAGCCAGGUGCAUCGUGGGGAGCAGCAGUGUAGUUCCUCGGCGGGGCCUUGCGGUGUGGACUCAUCGUCCAGUCGCAGCGGCGUCCAGGACAGUGGGUUCGGCAGCGACAGCGCCAGGAUCCGUAUCGUCCAGAUGGAGCAGCAGAGUGGAGGCUCCCACCACCGCAUCGCCAGACCCUCCAGGAAGUCCACCGUCGUCAAGAACCUCUCCUUCGUCCCCUUCGACGUCUUCCUGACCGCGAGUAAACUCUCUCUCAUGACCUACGCCUGCUCCACUCUAGCCAAGACCCCCCCCGCCUCGCCGGAGAAGAAGGAUGGAGACGGGCCGACAGGGAAGAGUGCCCUGAACCAGCCAGACACCAUCCCUACCUCCUCCUCCUCCCCCAACCCAGGCCCUCCUACCCUGGUCCCUCUGUCAGGCCUGACAGCAGAGGACCUCCUGAACAGUAACACCGUUCCCCAGGAGCCCCGCGGUUCCCUCCUCUUCCUGGACUCCCUGCCCGCCCCCAGCCGCUCCUCGGCCCGCCAGGCCCUGGGGGUCACCAUCGUGAGGCAGCCUGGGAGGAGAGGGGCUGGAGACCGGGUCCUGGAGCCUCUACUGUACCUUCAGGUGGUCCAGCCGUCGGCCCUGCUCAGCUGUCACCACCGUAAACAGAGGAUGGACGUGUCUGUGUUCGAUGUGUCUCUGAGGGGAGUCUCCUCUGACUAUAAGUGUCUGGAUCCAGGGAAGUCUCUCCCAGAGGUAUUAGACUACAGUGUGUUGUGGGUCCAGACAGUAUCAGGAGAGUCUGACAGUCAGACAGGUGUUCCCCCUCCUCUGGCCUGUCUGCAGAUCAGAGACUUCCUCAGUGGACCAGCGGAGCUGAACGUGGAGCUGUCCCGGCCCCUGAAGGUGAACCCUACGCUGGUGAAACUGGAGCAGACCAAGGCCUACCUGAGGAGGGUCCUACCUCAUCACUACUGGGAGACUCCCAAACCCCCCUCCACCCCUCAUUCCUCCCCCAGUAGGACCUCGUCCUCCUCUCCCCAUCGUCCCGACCCCUCCCACCUCAGCUCCCUAAGAUCCCUGGCACCCUUCCACAAGGUGUCCCUCCGCACCGCCCAGAUCGUGGUUGUCAUGGAGACGGAGUCGCACCCUGCCCGGCCCAGCCUGUCCUGGUCGGUGUCGGCUAUGAAGGGUACCAUGAACAUGAAGACUGGGCCCAAGCUAGACGACCCGGUCCAGUCAGUCUCAGUGCUGUUGGAGCUGCAGGAUAUCCUGUUGAGGACGGGUCUGAAGGAUCGGAGCCGUCUGCUGCUGGGGCCUUUCUCCUGUAGCGCCGCCCUAGAGGCCAGGUGGUGUAGGCACAGCAGCAGUCCUGAACCUGAGACUGGGACCCCUAAACUACUGCUGGACCUGAAGGGAGGCCUACUGCAGGUGUUCUGGGGCCAGGAGCAUGUAAACUGUCUGUGGCUGGUGUAUGAACACCUGCAGGCCUACCUCCAGAGGAACCAGGGAUCUGGGUCAGGGGCUGGGACUGGGUCUGGGUUUGGGUCUGGGACUGGGUUUGGGGCUGGGACUGGGUCAGGGGCUGGGACUGGGUCUGGGUUUGGGGCUGGGUCUGGGACUGGGUCUGAAGAGGAAAAGACCCCCAUUGACACCCAGUCACCCCCCUCCCCUGAAUCCCCCUCCCCCAGGACAGAACACAGCUCUGACGACCUCCGCACCGGGCUGUUCCAAUACAUACAGAACUCAGCCUAUCAGAAACUACCUGGUCCAUAUGAGGUUGUGUUCUAUAACGAAACAGACGACAGUCCAGGAGUCAUGUUGUGGCGUUACCCAGAAUCCCGUGUGUUGACCUUCGUACGCAUCACUCCAGUCCCCUUCAACACCACCGAGGACCCCGAGAUCAGCACCGCAGACCUGGGAGACAGACUAAAGGUGCCGUGCAGCCUGGAGUAUUGGGACGAGCUCCAGCACGCCUUCGUCCCCUACCGAGAGUUCAGCCUAUCAGAGAGUAGCGCCUGCGAGCUGACCCUGCCCAGCCUGACGCUGACCAAUGAGCAGAAGGAUCUGGUGACCUCUGACCUGUGGAGGAUCGUCCUCAACAAUAACCCAGACGGAGGAGACGAACAGAGUUCUGACAGUGAGUCAGGUUCUCAGCAGGGUUCCUCGGGGUCCCAGCUUCUGCCCUGUGACCAGCUGGUGUCCCCCACGGCGCUGGCAGCUUGUACCCGCGUCGACUCCUGCUUCGCCCCCUGGUCCGUGCCCUCCCUGGGCGUGUCUCUCACCCUGGCACAGAUACAGCUGCACCUCUACCACCACCUGGAGCAGCUGGGCACAGCGCCGUCACGUCGACUCCGCCCCUUCCUGCCGGACAGGAAGUUGCCCCAGGAGCAAGAGUACCUGGUCAUCGGGGCACAGGAGCCGCGGCUGUUCCUCCGCCAGUGGAGCGGUGGCGGUAACGUCAGCGCCGCCCGGCUCUGCCAGGAGAUCCAGUUCUCCACCGAGCUGGACUGCAGACUGUUGGAGUAUCGGAACUUGACUUGGCUCUGCCUGCUGCAGCCGUUCAUACUGCAGGGUCAGGUUGCGGUCACACGCUGCUCCAACAACGUCCUCCUGGACGGCAACGUCUUCGUAGACCCGGUCUUCAUCAACAUCAGCCAGAACACCGUUCACAGUCUGGAUACGGCCCUACGGGGCUGGCAACAGAAUGGGGAUGAAGGUGCGGAGGAGUUGUUGAUCAGUCACCAUGUGCUCUGUAACGACACCCAGGAGACCCUGAGGUUUGGCCAGGUGGACACCGAUGAGAACGUCCUGCUGCCCUCCUUACACAGCCACCAGUACAGCUGGAGAAGCCACAAGUCACCACAGCUCCUUCAUAUCUGUAUAGAGGGCUGGGGUAACUGGCGUUGGUCUGAGGCCUUCAGUGUGGACAACGUGGGGACUCUGUUGAGGACUAUUCAAUAUAAAGGACGGACUGCCUCGCUCAUCAUCAAGGUGUUGCAGCUCAACGGUGUCCAGAAACAGGUAAUCAUCUGUGGUCGCCAGGUGAUGUGUAGUUACCUGUCUCAGGACAUUGAUCUGCGGGUGGUGCAGCACUAUGUGAAUCCAGAAGGCCAGACGGUGGUGAAGGAACAUGUUGACUGUCUGGAGGCUGGGAAGAAGCUGCCCUCCUACGUGCUGGAGGACUCCGAGCUGACAGAGCUGUGUGUCAGAGCCAGAGGAGACGAGGACUGGUCUCGGGAUGUCAGACUGGAGAGGAAGGAGAAGGAGAGGGGGAGUAGCUCUGUGGUACAGGUGCCUUGUUCCAGUGGCUCGUUGCUCUACGUGUGGUGCACCCUGAUCACCAUGGAAACGGACUCUCACAUGCAGCAGAGAGUGGUUGUAUUUAGUCCUCUGUUCAUGAUGCGUAGCCACCUUCCAGACCCUGUCAUCAUCCACACAGAGAAGAGAAGUCUGGGGCUGAGAGAGAGUCAGCUGAUCCAGGGACAGGGUCACCAGGAACAACUACUGAACACGGAGAAUGACCUGACACACCACCUCACCUUCCAGGCCAGUGAGGACGAGGAUGCGUCUCACUGUGCGGUGCCCAUCUCCACCAGUGUGAUCAAACAGAUAGUGAACAGGAACCAGGCUGGGUUGGAGGACAGCCAGGACCACAUACUGGCAGACUUCUACGGUCUGAAGAACAACAGCCAGCCUCCAUGGCCCUACGUCAGCAAGGACACAGACAGGCCUGGAUCAGAAGUCCUAGCCCAGUGGGACAGCCCCAUGCAGGUGAAGUUGUCAGCCUGGAGGUCUGGUCUCAACACUCUUCUAGUAGAGCUCAUUCCCUGGGCCCUGUUGACCAACCACUCUACAUGGGACCUCUGGCUGUUUGAAGGAGAGACCAUCGUCCUGCAGAUACCCGCUGGAAAGACCCUCGUUCCUCCUAACUUCAAGGAGGCGUUUCAGCUGGGUAUCUACUGGUCCGACACUAACACGGUCCAUAAGUCUACAGCCCUGAAGCUGGUCCAUGACCUGACGUCUCCGCGCUGGAAGGAGGGUGUCAGUCCUGAGGUCCUCACCCUGGACGAGGAGGGCUAUGUGGAGGCAGAGAUCCCCCUGGGGAGGAACCCUGGGAGACAGAAGGUUUGUCAGUUUUGCGUGUCGUCUGUGGUGAGACACGGCAUCCAGAUUAUCCAGAUAGAAGACAGGACCAUCCUGGUUAACAACACCCCCUACUUCCUGUCAUAUAGAGCCCUACUGUCUGACCAGGCCCUGGGGACCACAGACCAGGCCUGUUCUCUCCCAGAUACAACGGUGUUCAGCCUUGCCCCAGCGGGAGAGGACACACCUUCCACACCUGUCUCUGUGGCCUGCUGGGACCUGCUGAGAAAGGAGGGGGAGAUCCCUCAGUUCCCUCUACCAAGCAGACACAUGAUGUUCAGCUCCCUGCCCACCACAGACCUUGGACCUGUAGCUGGGUCUGAGUCCUGGAGCCUCCCGGCCCCCAUCAGACCUGACUUCCCCAGGCAGAGUGUGGCCGUCCCUAGGGAGAUCUGCAGUAGCAGUGGUCUGAGCACCAGAGCGUUGGUGAUGACGUAUCAGGAACACCUGGGCGUCACCUACGUGACGCUGAACGAGGACCCCUGUCCUCACAUGGUCAUCCACAACCAGACCCCUCUGUCUAUGCUGCUCAGGGAGAACGUCAAGGAACCCCCCAGGACAGAGGUCUACUGCCGCCCCCUCCCUGCCAACUCCUCCCUCCACCAUGGCCUCUACCACCACUUCUCCAGCUUCCCCGCCUGCAGACAGAGAGAGCCUCUACCCACCGUGCUGCUGAAGACCAGUCCUGACCCCAACAGUCUGCCGCCCAGCGACCUGCAGGCGUCUCCGGAGUGGAGCGACCCCGUGGACAUCAACUGCCCCGGCACACAGGUGGUUUUCCUACCAGGGUUUGGCUGUCUCUACAUAGAUGUCGUCCAUCAGGGUGGCACAGUCAUCCUCACCCUGGCACCAGAGGGCAGCGUGGACUCUGUCAUGAGCCUGCACAACAGGACGUCCAAUCGGAAGCUGGCGUUCAGGGUGUUGCUGAGCGAGGCCAGUGUGUCUCUGAGAGAUGACAUCACCAGUCGUUCGGGUUCCGUGGAGCUCUUGAGGCUGACUCUGUCCAAACUGCUACUGAACCUGUGUCCUGCCCGUCUGGGUGACUCUGGCAUGGGGCUGGUCACCGCCGGGAUGGGAGAGGCCUGUCUGGUCGAAGUCCACUGUGCCAGCCUGCAGGUGGAUAACCAGCUGUAUAACCGUGCCAGCUUCCACUUCCCAGUGUUGUUGUGCCAGGAGCAGUGUGUGGAGCUCCCCCUCUGGACCAGCGAUGCCAACCCCACCACCUCGCUACAGGCCCUGGAGGAGUUUAAGGCGUCGUGCUUCCUCCAGCUGGGACUCACCUUGGACAGGGAGGGCUACAGUGUGGACCAGCUGACCUUCCACAUCAAACCAGCCCGUCUCUACCUAGAGGACACCUUCGUCUACUACAUCAAGACUCUGUUUCACACCUACAUCCCAGACUCAGCCCUGGCCCCUUCCCCGGGCCCUAACCCCUCGGAGCGCUACGGGGGUCCCCUGCUCCCGGAGACCGUCCUUCAGUCCAUCCCAGCCCUGGUGCGCCCUCUGAGGCUGCAGCGCCUGGUCAUUCAGCCGGUCGACCUGUUGGUCAGCAUCCACGCCUCUCUGAAGCUCUACAUCGCCUCGGAUCACACGCCGUUGUCGUUCUCCCUGUUCGACAGAGGACCUCUCUGUACUACAGCCAGGCAGCUGAUCCACGCACUCACCAUGCACUACGCUGCCGGGGCGCUGUUCAGAGCUGGCUGGGUGGUGGGGUCUCUGGAUCUCCUUGGUAGUCCUGCCAGUCUGGUAAGGUCCAUUGGUAACGGAGUAGCAGACUUCUUCCGUCUGCCGUACGAGGGUUUGACCCGGGGCCCCGGGGCCUUCGUCAGCGGAGUGUCACGAGGAACCACCUCAUUCGUCAAACACAUCUCUAAAGGCACGCUGACGUCCAUCACCAACCUGGCGACCAGCCUGGCCAGGAACAUGGACCGGCUGUCCCUGGACGAGGAGCACUAUACCAGGCAGGAGGAGUGGAGGAGGCAGCUACCUGAGAGCCUGGGGGACGGACUCAGACAGGGCCUGUCUAGACUGGGCAUCAGUCUACUGGGAGCGAUAGCUGGCAUCGUGGACCAACCCAUGCAGAACUUCCAGCGGGGUUCAGAGAUGCAGAGUUCAGCAGGCAGCAAGGCCAAAGGGGUCAUCUCUGGGGUGGGGAAAGGCAUCGUGGGGGUCUUUACCAAACCUAUAGGGGGCGCUGCAGAGCUGGUCUCGCAGACGGGAUACGGUAUCCUUCAUGGGGCUGGUCUCUGGCAGCUCCCCAAACAGCUGUACCUCCCAGCAGACCAGAAGUCAGCCCUCGCGCCCAACAGCCACGUCAAAUAUGUCUGGAAGAUGCUCCAGUCCCUGGGUCGUCCAGAGGUUCACAUGUCCCUGGAGGUGGUGAUCGUGUCCGGGUCGGGUCAGGAGCAUGCUGGGUGUCUGCUGCUGACAGGGGAGGUGGUGUUUGUGGUCAGUCUGUCUGAAGACACACAACAACAGGCCUUCCCCAUCACCGAGGUGGCCUGUCAACAAGACCCCCACCACCUGGGGGCGCUGACCCUCACGCUGCAGCAGCAGAGACUCACCAACGAUGUAGAGGGUGACAGUGGGAGGGAGUGGUUGUCAGAGCAGCAGUAUGGUCGCCUGGUGGACUAUGUGACUCGUGCGUCUGCGUUCCUCUCCCCGUCGGCCUCGUCCCUCCAGCAGGCUCCUCCCAUCACCCCGGCCGAGCCUCCGCCCGCCGUCACCAAGACCUACCGUUACCUGGUCAGCCCCGCCCACGCCGCCGUCUUCGUCUCCAAGUUCACCAUGGUCAAGAACAAGGCGCUGCGCAUCGGCUUCCACUGACACACAGCUUUACAGAGACACACCUGUACACACACACACCUUUACAGAGACACACCUGUACACACACACACACACACACACCUUUACAGAGACCCUGACACACACUCGUACAGAGACACACCUGUACACACACCUUU